AUGCCUGAGAGUUAAGAUGAAAAUAAAAUGGGUAUAGUUUGGUGGAAAAAAUUUAAAUUGAUAGGGAGUGGUAGAGGAAGGGAGAGGGUGAAGGGUGGAGAGACGGAUUCACUGAGCUGGGGACUCGUAGAUUACGGGUGGCGGUACCAAGAUGGCGGCUAGUAGGGAGUUGACCACUUGUUACUGUAGUAAUUAAGAAUUUUAGUGUUAAGAAUAAAAGUAAGGUGCAGAAACGUGGUGAUAGGGGUAGUAGGAGAAGGAAAGACGUGUUAGGGAAAGGUAGAAAGUGGAUGACUACAUCUAUAGUGAGCUGGAGGUUGAUUGAUGGCGACCGCUAGAGAAUUAACCAGUUGUUACUCUAAUUAAAAUAUUAAGUAUAGUAGAAAGCUACAGAAACGUGAUGAUAGGGGUAGUAGGGGCGGGAAAGGCUCAGUAGUGGAAGAUUGCAAAAUGGUGGCCACCCCUCUACCGACUUAGAGACUAAUAAAGUGCAACCACUAGAGAAUUAACCACUUCUGACUCUAAUAAAACCCCACCUAGCUACAGAAGUGCUAUUCUAGACCUAGUAGGGGGAAAUUGUAAAAUGGUCGCCACCCCUCCACCAACUUAAAGACUAAUAGAGUGCAACUACUAGAGAAUUAACCACUUCUGUCUUUAAUAAACCGUCACCUAGCUACAGAAUCGCUAUUAUAGAGCCAAUAGGGGAUGGAAAGGCCCAGUAGGGGGAAUAUUGCAAGAGGUUGGCCACCCUUCCAACAAUCCGAGGCGACCAAAGGCGGUCGCAGCAAACAAUAUGGCGGCCAGCGCCGAAGAAAUGUGAAAGUAGAUCGAUGGCGCGUUUCUGCGCGCACGCACACGCUGUUCCAAUCGUGGUUGGUCAAUAUUUGAAUCGAAGCUUCGGUGCGACACUACCAGGCGGCAGCCGUUCCGGAUCGUCGACGCACCUUGGCAGCGCACCUGUGUCAACCAGCGUCGCGCUUCUUUGCCAUCCUCGCUCUCGAAUCGUAACGUAACCGCGACGGCCCCCGCGAGUCGGCACUCGACUGUCGACGCGACACAGAUUGGAGCCGCUCUUCGACGUCCACGAGACACCAACUGCUAUCCUUGCUCCUCGGUUAGGGACACCAUGAAGGAGGCACUGGUGAAGCGAGAGAUCAAGCGCGAGUGGGAUGACGGCCAAGCGGAGGCAGCAUCCCCGAGGAUGACAGUCGCGGAAGAACCGGCGGAGAGUCCUCGCACGGUUAUCACGGCGCGAAGACACGUGCGUACUAUCACGACCGCAGGACAGAUAACCGAGUCUGUCCCGGAACCCGAGUCGGAUUCGCCCGAUGCCAGCGUGAUAUCCGGCAAUAUUCAGCUCGAAGCGCAGCAGCACCACCAUCACCAUCACCAUCAGCAUCACCAGCAUCAUCUUCAGCACGCCUCGGUCGAGCAACAGCACAGGCAAUCCCGACCUCGAGGGUACCAGGAAGACGAACAACAGCAGGACAGCCAACACUUCGUGCAGAUCUCUCAGGCUGACGGGGACGGGCAACAACAUCGCUCCGGAGAGCAACGAGUCGUUUACUUGACCACUAACGGCCAGGAGGUGCAGGUCGAGGUGUCCGAUACUGUGGAUCCUACUACGCUCACCGUCAAGGAGCAGGCCAGGUACGAUUCGGCAGGCACAGACAGACCGGACUCGAACGGGAUGUACACCUACACGACAGACGGACAGCAGCUCCGAAGGGAGAACCACGCGAUCGUGGUUCAGACGCAAGAAAGACGGGCAUCCUCGGUCUCCAGCGCCCAGCAGAGGUACAGUCCCCGCGAGACCAAUCAGUCCAGCGGAAACGGAACGACAGGAAGGACCUACCAUCAAGAUUCCCCAGUUCUGGUCCCCAACAGCGAGGAUUACGAGGGACCCAUGGUGAGCAGAUCCAACGCGGCCACCAGCAACGUCCAGCUGGGUUCACCUGUCCCCCCUUACUCUCCCCCGAUCGGUGAGGGGAUUCGUGGCGCCAGUAACCAGCAACCACCCAACCAGCCUCAGCAUCACCUGGUACCUGGCUACGCGGACGCUGGUACCGCUAAUAUCAAGUAUGAAACGGACGCUUCCAACGCCGCUGCGGCGGCAGCCGCCGCUGAACGAUUCGCCGCGGUGGCAGCCGCCGCCUCGGACAACAUCAAGGUGUCCAGCACCUACACCACCCUCGAGACCGUAGCUAUUCCGCCCUCACAGACGGUCCAGUACGCCGCUCAGUACAUAUCCGGAAGCGAGACCUUCCAGCAGGCGCCUACAUACACCUACGCCAAGUCUGGCGAUCAGCUGAUCCUGACAUACCCCACGCCUGCUCAGCUCACGUCUAGAGUGGGAGGGGUGGAUCCUCCAGGGAGCACGUACAUCAAGGGCGACCCAACCCUGGCCUCUUCCUUGGGCACAUCUCGUGGCGUGCCGAUCCACUACGAGCAGCCCGGUUCCCCCAGCUCUCAAUUAAACCUGUACGGAAGUAGCGCCGGUUCCUAUUCGUACGCGAAACCAACCGCCUCCGCGGAGUACUGGUCGACCCCCGGGACCCCUUCGCCGCCCACGUUCGAGUGCGUCCAGGGCUACCAGGGCGUCGCGGCGAUCUCUGUCAGCGACGCCGCGAAUAUACAGCUGUACUCCGGAGGCGGAUACAGCGUGUCUCCUGGGAGCGCAGGGGCACCGUCCCCCUGGGCAGGGUUACCGCUGGCGGGCCCUGACGAUGGUUUCGACGGAACGAUCGUCACCGCCGAUCCGAAAGAGUGCUCCGGUUGCACGGCCCUCGCCACCGUUUGGAGGAGGGACGAGACGGGACAUUACUACUGUCACAACUGCGUUUACAGCAAGGCGAACGGGAUGAGCAGGCCCGCCAUGAGAUGCGGCAAACCUAAGCAACCCGUUGCACCGACGGGCGUGAGAAGGACAGGGGUGCAGUGCGCGAAUUGCAGGACGAGCAACACCACCCUCUGGAGAAGGAACAAUAACGGGGAGCCCGUCUGCAACGCCUGCGGACUCUACUUCAAGCUGCACAAUGUAAACAGGCCGCUCAGCAUGAAGAAGGAGGGGAUACAGACGAGGAAGCGGAAGCCAAAGAAUCACUCGGGGAUGAGCGGAAGUCUGGCCGGGCCCAGCAGCAUGCACAAGACCGAGAUUAAGUCUAGCUUACUCGUGGACUCGAUGCAGUUGAACGUGUACAGGAGCGGUGGCAGCGGUAACGGGGGCGGGGUCGGUGUCGAGAGCGAAAGCGGAAGUGGAAGCGAAGGAGGAAACGGAGGUUCCGAGGAGAGACGACCUCCUGUAGGUACGCCAACCACGGCGCAAUUGGGGCACGCGCACUCGCCCCUUGCGUUACCCACCGCCGCCGUCCUCAACCGUCAAACCACCCUUACCGUGCCACCACUAGAACCAAUCGCUAGUCAGUCCAGCGGCGACCUAAUCUCGGUUAUAACUUCCACGACGGCGAUCCACGCCGAGAGGACGUAAGAAGAUUGUGACACGGCGAGAAUUGGAACGAGAGGGAUACACACAGUGUGAAUGGAAAUGUUGGACACUUUCUCUAGAUUAAUUGUAUCCGCGAAAUGAAUGGAAAAGGUCUCUUACUAUUUUCCAAUACAAGGUUUCGUUUCCAAGACAUCAGCGGUUCAAGUUUACGUGUGCGAUGUUUGGGGCACGACAGGUUCGACUAAUUGGACGGUCCGAGCAGUUACAGGUAGAAACGUUGUAGUAAUUUGUUUUGUGUUUAAUCGUUUUACAAGCUGUGUAGGAAGAAUUUUGCAUAUUUUCCUCCCGUGAGUUGGUGCAUGAACAGUUAUCGUGGCAGAGCUGAUACAGUCUAGCACGUUUUCCCUGAAAAUUGAAUUUCAAUUGAAUACAGCUCGCAGGGUUGAAAGUAUGCAAGCAAAGUACACUUUGAGUGCUUUUAAUGAAAAUAGAAUUUUUAUCUGGCCCCUUGAAGACCGAGACCAGCUUUGCACGUUAAUAGAUGUCUGAGUUACCAUGUUUACCCAUGUUUGCAUGUAUUACCUACCAACACACUUCUAUGAAAUCUAUCAUAUUUCUGGUUUCAAUGAUCCCAUAUACAACUCUUGUGUUCUACGAUUCUAACCUUGUACAUUUCGAAUUUUCCUUUCGAUUUAAGCUCGCUAACUGAAUUAUAUUCAUUUAUUUUUCCAAUUCGUGUUACCAUAAGCGAAACUUGAACUGAAUUGCAUAAGACACUGUCAGUCACAAUGAUAAAAGGACUUUUCACAUAUCGGUAACACUUACCGAUAAUUCCAGUCGGUAAUGAUCCCCACGCGAUACACCUGAAUAUUUCUCUCUCUCUCUCCCUGUAAAAUUAAGUAU